AUGGAUCAAGGAGAUAUACAUGGCUUGGUUUUACUGCCUAAUGCAGAAGGCUACGAAGCAUUGGAAAUUAUACCAACCCCGAAAUUCUCCUCACCUUAUCCUUUUACACCCAUAAGUGAGACUAUUGCUACGACUCUCGUUCACAACUUUAUGGCCUUUCGUCUAUAUCGGUUGACGGAAAAGCUGUAUUUCUUUGGGUUUGGUAUAACGAUGGGAGUCAAGGCCUGGAUUAUUGGUUCUCCGGUGACAAACCUCUAUGGCAUGUUUGCAAUGCCUUGUGGAUGUAUCUACACAAAUACCCUAAUGGAUACACUGAUGCCAAGAAAAAAAUUGAAGGAGACUUUAACGUCAGAGCCUAUUGAUGUCACGUCGACGGUAAUUAUACGAAUGGUCAAGGGUCGACAAAGAUCCCACAACAGCGUUCCAAAUCAGAUACCAGUCGUGAAUGUCCAGCGAGGCAUCUACUCUGGGAUGGGUGCUACAGAAAUGAACCGGCUUGACUCAACAAACCGAAAACACCAGCCCUUCGAUGAUCAUGAGGAUGAGAACAUGUGGGCGUCGGGCUUGAAGCUGUGA